AUGGAUGCCUGGGAAGGAUUUAAUAGCUACUUAGUUACUAGUAGUUUAGGCUCCUGGAUUUUGCACCUGACUAAGAACAUCCAAGAUACGCAGCUACGCAGGGCUGAGCCGCAGGGACCGUGGGCUGAAGGCCACUUGCUCCACCAGAUCGAAGCUAUAGCCCGGAAACUAUGGAUAUCGUCACUGGCACCAUGGACCUUUCGGGCUCAGUUAAUGGCUUCGCGCGACAUGGUUAUGGGUGUGCCAUUUCCUAGCACGGGUGGCUCUGACGCUCCUAGAACUGUACGCACCUUUGGGAUGAGGAAUAACAUCCCGCGGAACCCUGUGCCACCGCGGCAAGUUGUGAGGGAAGUCAAAAUCUGGGUUCUGAGAGCUGCUGGGCCGGAGGAGCCGGUAGGAGACGAGAAAAGACGACUAAAAAAGCCUUGGCUGCUUGCCCAGGGAAUUUGGCAUGGCUUGGCUAUGAAAUCGGUGUACUUCGCCCCUAAAGCAAGGCGCUGUUUGCCAGUUUCACACAUUCGCUGUCUUCGCCCUCAGAUGUCAGAGGGGAUGCUGGCUGUCAUGAACCCAAAUCUAUCAGAACAAUGUAAAUUAUCACCCUCCACGCGAGUCAAGUCGUACAAGAAGCGGCAGAUAACGCCUCUUUUGUAG